AUGAAGCUGUUUUGGUUGUUUUCAGCCAUUUUCAUCCCUCAAAAUGCUUCUGAAAAACACGGAUGCGAAGAAAAACCGCUCAAAUCGGGCAAAAUCGAGCUUGAUUGUUCCCGUCGAGGAUUCUCCGACUUUCCCGAAAUCUCCCGAAACGAAGCCCAGAACAUUGAACGACUGGAUCUUCGAGGCAACAACCUGACGAACAUCUACCGAGAAGCUCUGCGCUACUUCGUCAAUCUCAAAGUUCUGAAUGUCGGGCAGAAUCAAAUCGACCACAUCGACCAGCAAUCCUUCGAAAAGACUAAAAAACUAACUCGACUGUACCUGGACGACAAUGAUCUCACCCGGCUUCCGUCGAAGCUGUUGCACCAACUCAAGCGUCUUCAAAAAUUGGAUAUUUCCAACAACGGCCUUUUAUCCUUAAACAAACGGCAAUUUCGUCGCUCCAAAAAGCUCAAGACCAUCCAUUUGACCGGCAACAAGCUCUCUUGCCUCGACGAAAACUUGUUCAACUCCUGCCGACGAUUGCGAGAGCUCCAUUUGAAAGAAAACAUGAUCAGUUUCUUCCAGCCAGGGAUCUUCGACAAGCUGAAAAAGCUGAAAGUGCUGAGCGUGGAGAAAUUACCGCUUUACUGCGACUGCCAAAUCAGCUACUUCAUCAGCUACUUGGACAGUAAAAGGAGAUCAGAUGAAAUCGCCCCUUACACGACUUGCUCCGGCGGGCGCCUCAAAGAUGGCGACUUGUCGAUGCAUGAGCUUAUCCGGGACUUGGACCCGAGCCGACUUUACUGCCCGACUUCGUACGAUGUACCGGACUUGCGAAAAUGCCCGGAAGAACCAACUUGCCCCGCAGAGUGCACUUGCAAAGAAGCAACUUCGGAUACAAUCCAUAUGAAUUGCCGAGACAAGCGACUGCAAAAAGUUCCAAAGCACGGGCCUGAAAACGUCGUCAACCUGAUUCUUGAAGACAACGAGCUAACUGAACUCCGCGCCCGCGAGUUCACCCAAUAUCGUCGAAUCCAGGGACUCGAUCUUUCAAAGAACAAAAUCGAAACAAUCGACGAGAAAGCGUUCGAUGGCCUGGUGAACCUGCAAAAACUGUAUUUGUACGAGAAUCAAUUAACGAGUAUUGGCCCGGGCACCCUCAACGGGCUCAGAGGGCUACAGACGAUCAUGAUGAACAGUAAUAAGCUAAAGUGCUUACCAGCUGAUUUGCUCAACGAUCAGCGCGGCUCAUUAAUAAUUGCUCUUCACAACAACGAGUUAACAACGCUGCCAAAUGGUUUCUUUAGCUCGAAUAAGAAGAUUCAAACCCUGAUGCUGUUUGACAACCCAUGGAACUGCGAUUGUCAGCUGAAAUGGCUUGCUGACUACUUUGAUUCUUCUCGAACCCGAGCUCAGCGGGCCAAAUGCGCUGGACCAGGAAAUAAAGCCGGAACUCUUCUGCAAAAUCUCAAUAAGUCCGACUUGAAAUGUUCUCGCUACGAAGAAAGAACAGUUUCCACAUGCGACGUGAAGUGCCCUCGGGGCUGUUCCUGCGACGCACGCUCCGGCCAAGUCCGAUGCGUUGGUCAAAACUGGAGCAGUGUCAAUUUCCCUUUCCCCAGCUUCAUGACAUCUUUGGAUCUUUCAAACAACCGUCUGAGAGAAUUGCCAAAGAGUCUUUCCAGAUAUUCUCUGAAAGAACUGAUCUUGAAAAACAAUCAGCUGGAACUGACCGUCGAUAUGUUCAAGGACUUCAAAAUGCUGGAAAUCCUCAAGCUUGAUUCAAACGCCAUCAAUGCUUUGCCUCAAUUCGCUUUCUCCGGGCUCUCGAAUCUCAAAGAACUGUCGCUCCGAGAGAACCAGAUCUCCUGCAUCGCCAAUGAUACCUUCAUGCCUUUCGAUCUCGAAAAGCUCUCCCGCCUCGACCUCUUCCAAAACAAUCUUCAAGAAAUCGGCGACGGAACGCUCCAGCAAUUCAAAAACUUGGAAUACUUCAACAUCAUGAAAAACCCAGUCAACUGCAAUUGCCUCUUCCAAAGCACCGCGAAAUAUAUGCAAAGCGUCAAGAAUCAAAUUGCGCUGGGCUUCCCGAAGUGUAACGAGCCACAGUAUUUGCAAGGAUAUUAUAUUUUGGAUAUUCCACUUAGCGACUUGAAAUGUGCGCAAGGCGAGACGGACCAUGUUAAAUGUCAGACUGGAUCGAAGUGCCCUCGAAAAUGCCACUGCAACGAAAAAACCAAACUCGUCGACUGCUCCAACCGCCAACUCACCUCAAUCGAACUCGAAAUGAUUCCCACUGAUACCAAAGAACUUCUCCUCAAAAACAACCAAAUCGAGUCCCUCCCCGAGCUGCAAAAUUUCAAAGAACUAGUCCUCCUUGAUCUCAGUUCCAACCGCAUUCGAGGCAUUUCUCCGAACACCUUCUCCCUGCCAAAAUUGAAGUUUCUCAUGCUUGCUGGAAAUCGGAUCGGUUGUUUGAUCGAAAACUCGUUCGCUGGUCUGCCAAAUUUGAACAUGCUGACGUUGAACGAAAACAGAAUCAAGAGAAUCCCAGAGAGCGCGUUUCCUUCUUCUGUGCUCAACUCCAUCACUAGAAUUUCCCUGUCAGACAAUGAGCUCGACUGUGAUUGCAAACUGGAAUGGCUUGCCAGGUGGAUACAGCAGGCACAUACGGAGACGGGUGAAGCAACCUGUGCUAGUCCUGGACGACUCAAAGGCGCAACUUUGAUCGAUCGACAAAUUCCGCCAACGAUGAGGCAAUUCUGCGACAGUGACAACAACGAGGACCAAUGCAAUGUCUGCGCUUCCAAUCCUUGCAAAAACGAUGGCAAAUGCCUCAACUCUAGCUCCUCUCCUUUUUCCUUCCAAUGCAUUUGUCCAAAAGGUUUCAAGGGCAAUACAUGCGAACAAAGAGCUAUUGCUGAUCCUUGCGCUGACUCACCUUGCUUUAAUGGAAUCUGCCGCUCUGGUUUGAGCGAGGACGAGCCGCAAAACUACUGGUGCGAUUGCUUAACUGGCUUUGGUGGGCAACACUGCGAGGAAAAGAUCGACCUUUGUGCUACAAAAUCUUGUCCAGCUGAUUCUAUCGGUUGUGUAGAUUCGAUCAACGCGCCACAAUGCCUCUGUCCGGAAGGUAAACUUCUCUCCCUCGAUGGAUGCAAGCAUGAGGACAUGUGCAUCUCUCGAAAACCCUGCCGAAACGACGGUCGAUGCAUUCCAUCUCUUGGCGGCUACGAGUGCGAGUGCCCUCGAGGCUGGACAGGCAAAGACUGUGAUCGACCCCAAAGUCCAUGUCAAUCUUCCGAUGGCAGUCCUUGCUUCAAUGGUGGCGUUUGCCAAGUUACUCACUCUGCGCCUCUUUUCUCCUGCAACUGUCCGAGCAAUUUUACCGGGCAAUAUUGUGAGCUCGAGCGUCGAUACGAGGUCUACAUGAAUGACGGCACUCAACAAAUCCAGCGUGAUGAGAGAUGCAGAAAUGGUCAUUCAUUCGACAAGAAAACCGACAGCUGCAGAUGCUCCAAUGGUUUUUCUGGACAACAGUGCGAGAAUAUCGAAACCAUUUCUCUCUCUGAAAAAAGAAGCUACUCAAAGAUCGUUCUUCCGACUCCUGCGUUUUCUUCAAGCUCAAUCAUGCGCACAAGAUCAACCAUCAAUAUCACUUUGACCAUUCGCCCUGAAAGGAAAAGCGGAAUUAUUCUUUAUCUCGGCGACGGGGAGAAAAAUGACUUCAUCGCGGUAGAACUAAUUUCCGGAAUGAUCAGAGUUCGCCACGCAGAUGUAGCGCUCUUCCUCGAGAAAUCACUUGAAAUCGAUGUGGAGCAUCGCCUUGAAGUUUUCAUCAAUAGAACUGCUGUCAAAGUUAAACUCAACGAUCUGACCACCUCAGCGCUCAAGGCGAAACCGACCCAGAUCAUCGACCUUAUUUACUCCGGUGAUCUCUUCACUGGUGGUCUUUCUUCGACCCUCUUCGCCAAAGCACUCGCCGCAGGGCAUAUCACAAAGGAAUCAGGAAGCUUCUCCGGCUGCAUUGGUAAAAUCAGCGUCAACGAUAAAGCGAUGUACUUCACCGGGGCGGAGAAUUUGAAAAAUGUCGCCCUGGGCUGUACUUUCAGACCGAGCUGUGUGGACGGCGCCAGUUGUGAGCAUGGAACCUGUGUGAGCGCAGGGAACAGAAAAAGUUGCAAGUGUCAGUCUGGAUGGACAGGUCCCUUGUGCAGUGUCAAGAAAGACGAAUCCGAGUGCGAGGCAAACUGCGUCAACGGAAAAUGCAUCACGAUUCGAGGAGAAGAAACUUGCCAAUGCUCCAACGGAUACAGAUCCAAAAAGAAUAGAUACGGUCGCAAAAGUGGUAAAGAAUGCACGAUAAAAGACCCGUGUGUGGGCUACGAUUGUGGACAUGGAAGAUGUCAGAUCGGAAGGAGAAACAAGCCAGUUUGCAAAUGCCAGAGAAAUUACUCCGGAGAUCGAUGUGAAAUUCGGGAAAACAAUUGCAAGCUGAGAAAGCACUUUGGAAGCUAUUCUUACUCUGAAAGCAACAGUAUCUAUUGCAAAAUCGAGGGAAUCGAGAGAAACUGGUGUGAGGGACGAAGAAUCAAGCACAGUCGGAAACAACUCUGCCAUACUGGCUACGAAUGCGUGGAGCAAAGUGAAGAUCGAAUCCUCACACUCACUUGCAACGACGGUUCAACGAUCAUGAAGCCAGUUCCGUUCGUCAAAAGCUGCAGUUGUCGCCGCGCAACGCGCCAGAGCUCGUUUUUCCUCAGCUGA